GUGUAAAUCUAACGGCUGGAUGGAAGUUAGCAAUCUUAUGAGGAAGGCUAGUCGUGAAUAUUAAUUAGAUUAUCCUGACGUUGCUUGGUAACCUUCCUGCGCGACAUCUAAUUAAUAUCCAAUGUCCAAAUCUUUGCUGUAGUAAUAUAUUCGUUUUCGUUAACGCCCACUAACCAACGUCUUCCUUUCAUCCAAUCGGUAGGCCUGCUAGCGAACGUCUCGGUGAUGCGUCAUUAAUACUCAUGAGCGUGAUUGCCCGUGCGCGGCCACGUCGACGCCUGAACGCGCGUCGGCAGAGGUAACGCGCAGGAGAGAGGAGAGAGAUCCCGGCUUGAGGAACAACAUCAUGAGCUCUAGAAAGGUGUUGGCCAUUCAAGCGCGGAAGAGGAGGCCGAAAGGAAAGAAGGAUAAGACGGGUCACCAUCGCAGGCCCGACACACAGAAGGUUCCAUCCACUCCUCCUCCUCCUCCUCCUCCUCCUCCUCCUCCUCCACCACCCCCACCCGAGCCCGUGGCCCCGCCGGAGCCGGAGGAGGAGAUUCUGGGCUCUGAUGAUGAAGAGCAGGAGGAUCCGGCCGACUACUGCAAAGGAGGAUACCAUCCCGUCAAGAUAGGGGACCUUUUCAACGGCAGAUACCAUGUGAUCCGGAAGCUGGGCUGGGGUCACUUCUCCACCGUCUGGCUGUGCUGGGAUAUUCAAGCAAAGCGUUUUGUUGCGAUGAAGGUCGUGAAGAGCGCACAGCACUACACAGAGACGGCACUGGAUGAAAUUAAAUUACUCAGAUGUGUGCGUGAGACGGAUCCUGAUGAUCCUAAUAAGGACAUGGUUGUUCAACUCAUAGACGACUUCAAGAUCUCAGGGGUGAACGGGAUUCAUGUGUGUAUGGUGUUUGAAGUUCUCGGUCAUCAUUUGCUCAAGUGGAUCAUCAAGUCUAAUUAUCAGGGUUUGCCGUUACCCUGCGUCAAGAGCAUCAUCAGACAGGUUCUGCAGGGGCUGGAUUACCUUCACAGCAAGUGUAAGAUCAUCCACACGGACAUCAAGCCGGAGAACAUCCUCAUGUGUGUGGACGACGCCUUCGUGCGCAGGAUGGCGGUCGAGGCCACGGAGUGGCAGAAAGCAGGAGCGCCGCCGCCGUCAGGAUCCGCUGUCAGCACGGCUCCUCAACUCAAACAGGUGGGGAAGAUCUCCAAAAACAAAAAGAAGAAGCUGAAGAAGAAGCAGAAGCGGCAGGCGGAGCUUCUGGAGAGACGUAUGCUGGAGAUCGAAGCUCUGGAGCGAGAGGCGGAGAAACAGAGAGCGGGUGGAGCCUCAAACUCCGCCCACAGCCCCACCCUGGUGCUGGUGGACAGCGAGGAAGACGAAGAGGAUGAUGAAGAUGCUGAUGAGGACGAGGAGGCCGAGGGAGAGAAGGAGCGGCCCGUCAGACUCACCAACCACACAUGUGCAGAACCGGAUCAGGAUCAGCAGGACAUUGAGGAGAAUGAGGAAGAUGGUGACGUCCUGUCCGCUCCCGACUGUCCCGCUGAAGAAGAGUCACGCACACACACUCCACCCGGACAGCAGGAGGAGCAGGAAAACUCAGGAGAACAUGAAGAGCGGGAUGGAAAUGAAGAUGUGAGAGAGGAAGGGGAGGAUAAAGCAGAGGAAGAGGAAAGGGAAGCCACGCCCUCACAGAGCGCCAGGGACGAGCCGGAGACGCACGAGUGUCCGAACGAGGAAGAAACAGAUGCACCGAAAGAGACGGCAGAGAGACAAGAGGAUGAAGAAGAGGAUGAGGAUGAGGAUGAAGAUUAUGACGAUGAUGAUGAUGAUGAUGAUGAGGAGGAGGAUGAGGAUGAGGAGGAGGAGGCAGACGAUGAAGGCCAAGAGCACAAUGACACCUCUAAAACCAACGGUCACGUGAUCAUGGGUACGCAGGAGCAUCUGUCGCCGCCGGCUCCCAGCGUGCCGCUGUCCUCGCCGCUCCUCUGCCCCCUGGUGGAAUCGGAGAUCAGCACGACCGACCGCGAGACUUCCGACGCCUCCUACGAACUUUACAACGGAGAAAUGGCCGGACUCACCAACGGAGCGCGGCACCGCGGCACCACACCGCGCUUCCCCGAGCUGCCGCUGGAUCCCGCGCCGCCCGACGGCGUGCCAGACGAGGCCCAGGCUCUCAGCACAAACAGCGACCGCAGCCGAACGGUGUCGUCGUCCAGCACCGGAGACACGCCCAAAGCGACGAGGCUCCGAGCCGCCGAUCUGCUGGUGAAUCCUCUGGAUCCGCGGAAUGCAGACGUUCUGAGAGUCAAAAUCGCUGAUCUGGGCAAUGCAUGCUGGGUGCACAAACACUUCACUGAGGACAUCCAGACGCGGCAGUACCGCUCUAUCGAGGUUCUGAUCGGCGCGGGAUACAGCACACCGGCCGACAUAUGGAGCACGGCCUGCAUGGCGUUCGAGUUGGCCACCGGAGACUAUCUGUUCGAGCCGCACUCGGGGGAAGACUACUCUCGUGAUGAAGAUCAUAUAGCUCACAUCAUAGAGCUUCUUGGCUGCAUUCCUCGACACUUUGCUCUUUCUGGAAAAUAUUCCCGGGAGUUCUUCAACCGGAGAGACCACAUCGCUCUGAUUAUGGAGUUACUGGGAAAAAUCCCCCGCAAGAUCAUCGCAGCAGGAAAAUACAGCCGUGAGUUCUUCUCAAAGAAAGGUGAGCUGCGGCACAUCACGAAACUCAAGCCCUGGUCUCUGUUCGACGUGCUGGUGGAAAAAUACGGCUGGUCGGCCGAGGACGCCGGUCACUUCACGCACUUCCUGUUGCCCAUGCUGGAGAUGGUGCCAGAGAAACGAGCCUCCGCUUCAGAAUGCCUCAACCACCCCUGGCUGAACUCGUAGCACUUUUGUCCUUCAGACUCAUUGACGCCCCCCUGCGGCCCUGUCCUAAACUGCAGCCCACCGUCAUUUGAGAGGAAGAACCAGAGACGAGGGGCUUCAGAGAGACGAGGGUGGGCUUCAACACACACACACACACACACACACACGCACACACGGGAGAAACAAGCCUGUCUUUACCUGAAGCUUCAUUCACCGUCUUCCUCGACCUCAUUCAACAGAAUUUUACAGACUGAACACAGAAAGUGAGAUCAUUUCACUUUAUCUGACAGAUAAAAAUUACUUUUAUGUGAUUCAUUCUCAUGACAUUUUAAGGUGUUUAAUUUUAAGAAACAGGACAGGGGGUUUUUGGUAAGGUUUAGAACUCGUGGAACUCAGUUUCUUCUCGAGGCCUUCAGUUAAACUCUAGUGAAUGUCCUAGAAAAACAAACAUUUAUACAGAUGAAUUAAUUGACAGAUUAAUAUAUGUGAGCAGUCAGUCUGUAAUGUAACGGUUCGUCUCAGUGACUGAAUUUGAGAGUUACUGUCACAACAGUGAAUGUGUGUGUGUGUGAGAGUAACAGACUGCUAGUUGAUGUUUCUGACAUUCAGGAAGCCCACCUGAGACGCUCUGCAUGAAGCCCCGCCUCCUUUCGCCCUACUGUCUAAUCAGGUUCUGCAACGGAGCUGUUUACAAACCUCUCACACACACACACACACACACACACUGCCUCUGGAAAACAUGAAUCCAGAAAGAGAUGCUUUGGUUUGUGGAGAGACGGAUGGAUGGACAUUUCUGCGUUCACGCCGUUGAGUUCCUCGACUGGUUUUAUGUUUUUAUUCAGAGCUUUCAAUCUCCCAGUUCCAACGACAACAUUCCUGAUUCUACAGCGGUGCAUCUGCCGCACUUAUGACUUUCUGCACUUUCUCUGGCAGGACGGGCGUCCCGUUUUAAUGAGGCCGCACUUGUGUUUGUACGUUUUGUUCAGGGAAACUUACUGAUGUACAGAGAUCCAUCAAACUGUCCAAAAACUCGCAACUGCUUGAGCGCAAGAUAAACACACAUCGCUGUUAGGAGACAAGCAUCACGGUGGCGGUCGUCAUGGAGACACGUAUUACGGUGGCGGUCGUCAUGGAGACGAGCAUUAUGGCAGCGGUCGUCAUGGAGACGAGCAUCAUGGCGGCUGUUGUCAUGGAGACUAGCAUAAUGGCUUCGGCCGUCAUGGAGACGAGCUGACGCUGCUCUAAAUACAUCAUCAUCAUCAUCAUCACAGUUAGUCCAGUUGCCUAUUUUCGCAAUAAAAGUAGAUGGUGAAAUAUUUUUAAAAAUAUUUAAAUUCAUUUAAAAAGAAAAGAAGUUCUCUGAUGUUGUGACAGUGACAGAGUUUAGUCGUAAUAAGGUGAUUGUGUUUUGUCUUUGUUUGUUUUUAAUUGGUUCUCACUUCCUUCAUGACAUUGACUCGUGCUGCUCUGUGAGGAUCAUGUGACAGUCAUGAACUUUCUUGGACGUUUUUGCAAUAAUAGUGAUUAUGAUGAUGAAUUUUUGCACCGAAAGCCCCUGAUGUGUCUCACGCAGCCAUGCUGACUGUUCUUCCCAACGUCGACUACUGCGUCCCUUGUUUUUCAUCGACAGAUUUAAUAAAAUUGUAAAUUAUUGGA